CCUUGCCCGGAGCCAUGCGGGGCCGGGGGCUGCUCUGCGGCAUCGCCCUCUCGCUGCUGCUGCGGCCGCCGCCCCCCGCCGCCGCUGAGAUGCAGCUCCAGCCCGAGGUGGUGGUGCCGCGCUGGGCAGCCCCGGGCGGCCCCGACAGCCCCAAGCAUCCACUCCGAGCUGAAGUUACAGUACAGGCAGAAGGCCAGAAGCUCGUCUUGGAACUGGAGAAAAAUAGAAACCUCUUUGCACCAGGCUACACCGAGACCCACUACAGCCAGAGUGGCCAAGCCCAGAAAACCCCUCUGACCCACACGGACCACUGCUUUUACCACGGGGUCGUGCGGGGCUGGGAGAGCUCCAGCGUCACMCUGAGCACCUGCCGAGGGCUGCGAGGACUUAUCAUACUGAACAGCAAUUCCAGCUACAUCUUGGAGCCAGCUCCUGACCACCCAAACCAGCACCUGAUUUACAGGGCAGACACCCUGAGGCUGCAGAAAGGAGUCUGUGGCUACCAGGGCACUGGGGAUGCUGCUGAAGAUUGGCUCAGGGAUUUCACAACUGGGAUGAAACCGGCAGGCCAGAGGGUGAAACGGGAGACCCUUCAGACCACGAAGUACGUGGAGCUCCUGCUCGUGGCUGAUUAUGCCGAGUUUCAGAAACAUCACUUCAGUGUGGAAGCAACGAGGCUUAAAUUGGUGGAGGCUGCCAAUUACGUAGAUAAGUUUUACAGGUCCAUGAAUAUCCGGAUCGCCUUGGUGGGGCUGGAGAUCUGGAGCGACUGGAAUAAAUGUGAUGUAACAGAGAAUCCCUACUCCACCCUCAAGUCYUUUCUGGCCUGGAGCAGCAAAGAGAGGCUUCACAGGAAACACGAUAAUGCCCAACUGAUCACGGGUGUGCCCUUCAAAGGUACCACGGUUGGCUUGGCUCCUGUCAUGGCCAUGUGCUCUGAUUUCCAGUCAGGAGGAGUCAACAUGGAUCACUCUGAUAAYGCCAUUGGUGUUGCUGCUACCAUUGCCCACGAGAUGGGACACAAUUUUGGCAUGAACCAYGAUUCUGCUGGCUGCUGUAGCACCCCUGCAGCAGAUGGGGGUUGCAUCAUGGCUUCUGCAACGGGGCACCCAUUCCCCAAGGUGUUCAACCAGUGCAACAGGCAAGAGCUGGAGAAGUAUCUGCAGUCUGGCGGAGGGAUGUGCCUCUCCAACAUGCCAGACACCAAAAGAAUGUAUGGUGGAGGGAAAUGUGGAAAUGGCUACUUGGAAGAGGGGGAGGAGUGUGACUGUGGAGAGGUGGAGGAGUGCAGGAAUCCCUGCUGUGACCCCAGGACCUGCUCCCUGAGACCGGGUGCUGAAUGUGCCCAUGGCAGCUGCUGCCAUCAGUGCAAGCUGAUGUCUCCGGGAACUCUCUGCAGGAAGAGGUCAGGGCUGUGUGACCUGCCUGAGCACUGCACUGGCGAGUCCCCGUUCUGCCCCCUCAACUCCUACCAGAUCGAUGGUGCUCCCUGCGAUGGAGGAAGAGCCUAUUGCUACAGUGGCAUGUGCCUCACCUACAGGGACCAGUGUGUGCAGCUCUGGGGGCCGGGAGCACGGCCAGCGCCAGAUGCCUGCUUUGAGAAGGUCAAUGCUGCUGGGGACAUCUAUGGSAACUGUGGCAAGGACAUCUUCGGGAACUACAGGAGGUGUGAGAUGAGAGAUGCCAAAUGUGGGAAGAUCCAGUGCCAGAGCUCUGCUUUGAAGCCCCUGCAGCCCAAUGCAGUGGCCAUAGACACCACRGUGAACAGGCAGCGGUGCCGAGGGACCCACGUGUACAGAUCUGACAGUGAGGAGAAGGAGAUGCUGGAUCCUGGCUUGGUGCUGACAGGAACAAAGUGUGGGAGCCAUCAUGUUUGCUUUGAGGGACGCUGCCAGAACAUGUCCAUCAUYUUUGAUUCUGAAAGCUGUAGCAAGAAGUGCCAUGGGCAUGGAGUCUGCAACAACAACAAGAACUGCCACUGUGACCAGGGCUGGGCUCCCCCGUUCUGCAAUGAGGAGGGGACAGGAGGAAGUUUGGACAGUGGUCCCCCCCUGCCUGAAGGCUCUUCAGCGGUYGUGAUAGCUCUGGCAAUCCUGGCUWCYRUUCUCCUUCUCAUUGGGAUCUUGUUUUUACUCUAUUAUCKGAAAUGCUGGAGUAAAUUUGCCCUCUGUUCUCUGAAGAAAACACCUCAGUUCAGUGACACCUCUGGAACUGGACAUGCAAACCCUGCCUUCAAGCUGAGAACCCCCCAGCAGCAGAGGAAGGUGAUUGGCUUCCCUGAAAUCCCACCCAAACCUCCAUCUCAGCAAGCUCCGGGGCUCCAGAUGAGCARGCAGCAGCCAUCCCCCCUCUCUGCUGGGCAGGGCUGUGGAGUGGGGCCAGGACUGCCCAGGGACAUUCCCCGGAGGACACCCCCGAGCAGACCAGCCCCUCCUGCUCCUCCUGCUCCCAAACCUCCAAUCUCUCAGGACAUGUCAAGGCCACGGCCACCCCAGAGGGCUCUGCCAGCGAAUCCCGUCCCAUCCCGAUCCAGGGGCUGGCAGGGGAGCAGCCCUGUCCCACUGCCUCCUGGGCACCCCAGAGCCCCAGCACAGCUCCAGAAUUCCGGUGCCUGGACAGCUGGAGCAGCGAACAACCUCAAAGUGGGGCAGCCAGGCUCCCGUGGGCAUUCUUGAGGCUUUCUGUUCCUGGCUGGCCCUGCCCUUCCCAGGGCUCUGGAUGGCCUUCAUCACCCAAAACCACACUCACACAUCCACUGCCAUGGACAGUGUCUCAGUUCCUCUCCUCCUGUCUCCUCUGUGACCCACCAAACUGCAGCCAGGAGUGCCCCAGGCACAUUCCAGGCUGAGCUGGACCCUCUCUGCCUUUUCCACGUCRGGAUGGCUCGUUUUGUACGGUAUUUAAAUAUUGUUGUGCAAUAUUCAGCGCAGAGAUGGGGCGAUGGGGGUUUCACGUGUUUUCAAUCAAGUCGUUUUAAGUUAUUUUAGUGUUGCCAGGGAGAACAAGCUGUGAGUGCAGGUGCUGGCCCUGAUGGGUUUUCACAUGAGCCCUUUUGGCUUCCUCAGCCCCCCAUGCAGCUGCAGGAGGAUAUUGGUGCUAUACAGACCCCUCUGCCCCCGGGGACAGCGGGAGGCAGCUGCUGACAACAUUCCUCAGUUUAUUGUUUACACUGGGGGGCAAGCGRGGCCCCAACCAACUGGGGAAAUACGAUUUGUGGGGCCACUGUGGAUUUUGGUCAGCUUUAGCAGAGGGGAUAUCAACUAUUUUCCCCAUAUAACCCUUUUCAGCAAGAGUGUUGCAGCCCUUCCGUCCCCCAGCACUCGCUUGUCUUCCCUUGGUGCUGUAAAUCCCAAAAAGCAUCCCCAGCAUGGCCCGUGAGCUCCAACCCAUGGCAUCAGGACACAUCCAGGUACGACAGGGAAGGCGGUACCGUGGAGCAGGAGAUGUUUUUUUGCACGUGUUUUGCUCUGUGCUGAGCUGUGACUCAGCCUGGGCUGUCUGCUCUCCCAGACAGUGAAAAAACUACCUGAAAACUGCCCAGGUGAUGACACAGCCAAAAUACUCACACAACACAUGGUGCUUUUGUAGGGCAGCUCUCUUUCUCCAGGCUUUUUCUCCAGGCCAUGGAUGGAGAGAGAGCUGUCUGUGUGCACUUUAAGCAGCUGAUGAUUCUGACCCUGAGGACCCUCCCUUAUGAA